GCUCGCUCGGCUCCCUCUCUGGCUGACCUUCCCUUUCCCUCACGCCUCCCCACGCCCGGCCCGGGGCCCCAGCACCCUGUCCGCUGCCGCCUCAGAGCCGGGAGAAGCAGCCGGAGCCCCCGCCGCCCCCGCCGCGGCGCGGGCGGUCAGUGCGCAGCCCGGCGCCCGCAGCCCGCAGCUCGCAGCCCGCAGCCGGAUCGCGGGCUCAGACCGAACCCGACCCGACCGCCGCCCCCAGCCAGGCUCCAUGCUGCCGCUUCUGCUAGGCCUGCUGGGCCCAGCGGCCUGCUGGGCCCUGGGCCCGGCCCCCGGCCCGGGCUCCUCAGAGCUGCGCUCGGCCUUCUCGGCGGCACGCACCACUCCCCUGGAGGGCGCGUCGGAGAUGGCGGUGACCUUCGACAAGGUGUACGUGAACAUCGGGGGAGACUUCGACGCGGCCACGGGCCAAUUCCGCUGCCGCGUGCCCGGCGCCUACUUCUUCUCCUUCACGGCUGGCAAGGCCCCGCACAAGAGCCUGUCGGUGAUGCUGGUGCGGAACCGCGACGAGGUGGAGGCGCUGGCCUUCGACGAGCAGAGGCGGCCCAGCGCACGGCGCGCCGCCAGCCAGAGCGCCAUGCUGCAGCUCGACUACGGCGACACAGUUUGGCUGCGGCUGCAUGGCGCCCCGCAGUACGCGCUGGGCGCGCCCGGCGCCACCUUCAGCGGCUACCUGGUCUACGCCGACGCCGACGCCGACGCGCCUGCGCGCGGGCCGCCCGCGCCCCCCGAGCUGCGCUCGGCAUUCUCGGCGGCGCGCACGCGCAGCCUGGUGGGCUCGGACGCCGGGUCCGGGCCGCAGCACCGGCCGCUAGCUUUCGACACCGAGCUCGUCAACAUUGGCGGCGACUUCGACGCGGCGGCCGGCGUGUUCCGCUGCCGACUGCCCGGCGCCUACUUCUUCUCCUUCACGCUGGGCAAGCUGCCGCGUAAGACGCUGUCGGUGAAGCUGAUGAAGAACCGCGACGAGGUGCAGGCCAUGAUUUACGACGACGGCGCGUCGCGGCGCCGCGAGAUGCAGAGCCAGAGCGUGAUGCUGGCCCUGCGGCGCGGCGACGCCGUCUGGCUGCUCAGCCACGACCACGACGGCUACGGCGCCUACAGCAACCACGGCAAGUACAUCACCUUCUCCGGCUUUUUGGUGUACCCCGACCUCGCCCCCGCGGCCCCGCCAGGCCUCGGGGCCCCGGAACUGCUGUGAGUCCCGGGCCAGAGAGGAGCCCGGGAGGGCCAGGGGCGUGCAUGCCGGGCCGGGCCCGCGGCCCGAACGCCUCGCGCGAGCGCCACGGCCGCCGGGCGCGCCUGGACUCUGCCAAUAAAGCGGAAAGCGGGCUUGCACAGCGCCCGGCAACCCAGGC